CAAAAACCAACAAAAAAAUGGGCCAAGAGCAAAAAAACUCAUUUGAAAAGAAGCUUCAGUGUGCAAAAGAAUCCCUUCUUAAAUCCUUUUAUUUAGUUCAACUUUAUUGGCAAUUGGCAGUAGACAUAAUUAAUCAGCUUUGGAUAUAUGAUGAAUUUAGAUUAGGCGUUUACGUGUUUAGUAUUUUGUCUUUUAUUCCUAUUUUCUUGUUCUUACUCUUUGCUAGCUUAAUGAUAUUACUUGGAACAGUUUUGGCAAGCUUUAUUUGGACUCUUUUCGUAUUUACAGGACUUACAAUUGGGCUUGUGUUGGUAGUACCUGUUUUAUGCGGGUUUGCCAUUAUUUCUAGUCUAGUUAUUAUAUCCAAUUAUGCUUACCAUGUACUUGUUAAAAAGAAAAUAAUUACAAAAAUGACAUAAUAGUCGUGUAUCAUUUGUAUUUUUUAUAUAAAUCUUUUGUAUAAUACAUAGUUUUGACGUGUUUAUAUUCUGUGCAUAAAAUGGAAAUUUAAUUUUAUUUUAAAGUAACGUAUCAC